CCUUCCUCUUCCCCCUUCCCUGCUCGGCCUUUUACCCUGACCUGCCUUAGCCGUGCCUUGCCUUGACUUUGCCGAAUUACUUUUGUCUAUCCGUACACGCCACCAGUACAGAUACUUACUGGUUGGAUCGCCUCCUCCUUUCCCACAUUCCCACCCGUUCGCUCCAACCUCCCCGUGGUCUGCUUCGCCGACCGUCGCUGUUGCUGUCAUCAUUUGUUGCAUAUCUUCUCGCAUCGUGUCUGUCCCGUCACUACGACUCGAUCCCAUUUUGUUCAUUCAUUUAUUCUUCAGAUCCUAAUACCCCAAUCCUCAUCCCCUUUGAUCGCUUGACUCUCCCCUCCUCCGGCGCCCCCCCGUCUCGUCCGCUUCCUUGCUACCAUCAGCAUCUUCAUCAUCAUCCUCAUCGGCUUCUCUGGCUUUGUACGGCCCGGCUUCAUCAUCUAGCAUCAUUUUUUGCACUUGGCUGGGUUUAUGGGAUGAGAUCAUACAGCAUUUUGUGGUUUCACGCCUUCGCAUACGCUCUAUAGACUAAUAGCCGUCGCGUCGUCUUCUGGACUGUCGUGCCGUCUCAUCUUGUCUCGUUCUGUUCGACCAACUCUCCUCCGUAUCGCUUCGGUUACGGCAGCUUUGUACCACUCUCCGCACCGCCCAACUGACUGACACGAGCCACAAACAAAGCCUGUCCGAGUCUCACCUUUCUGUCGUCAUCCCACAUCGGCUGACCCGCCUCGUAUCGCAAUUUUUUUUGCGGUCCCGACCCGAGGCGAAGGACGAACCCAGGGGUUUAGUUUAAUCUUGUCGAAUCCCGCCCUCCGAGCGGCUGCACCCACCGAACCCAUCCCGCCGGGAACUUUGGUUUACCGUUACUCCAUAUGCCUAGAUUCUCCGUCUCUUUUGGAAGGCGGCGUUCGACCGUCAACUCAGACGAGUUUCAUGAGGAGCCCACAGCGACGAAAGAAAGACCAACGUCGUUCCGUGUCAUGGAAAGGACCGAAGUUGGAGGGCAAAAGUCUUUCGACGGUGGGCACAGGCUGGUAAAAGCGACCACGACGGUAAUUCCUUCCAAGCAGAACUACUCGGACCCGUCUCUUGGGGACAACAUGUUUUCCGACGUCAAGAACAACCGCUUAAGGGGAAGUGGGUCAUCUAAUACCACCAAAACAACCUCGACAGACACUUCUUCGCGCCACAGCAACGUCUCGACCACACCGUCUUCGGCUGACUUCGGCCACCAAGGGGCCCAGGAAGAAUGGAAAUCCUCAAUUAGAAAAACACACACCGACGUGCCAGCUCCCAAGCACAGCUCUGGUGGAUUCCUCAGCAAAGCCGGCAGGACCUUUUCCUUUGGCGGACAGAAGAAACAACAAGCUGCCGUAUCCCUCGUCGACGAUCAUCCGCUUCCUCCGCCGCCCUUGCCGCCCCAGGCGUCAUCGGAUGAUUACAGUCGGAGACCUCGAGGCCUGACAGAUUCCACCGACAGGACCGCUACGCCCCCAAAGCUCAGCGAGGAGGAUUUUGCCCUCGACUUUGGUAGUAAUUUUGGUAAUAUGUUCAAGGGGUCCGGAUUCGAUAAGAGAGCCAGCCAAAUGACGCUCCCCGGUAACGACAAGUCCAACUUGGGACCCCGUUCCCUCACGACCAACCGAGUGAACCAGCCCCAGCCCUCGCCCAUCAAGAUUGACCAUUCGGCCAAAGUGGAGGCUUCGCCCUACUCAUGGAGCAGCCAGCACUCCAACGAUAACCUGCUGCACCACUCCGGCUCUAACUCCCCUACUGCCACUGAACGCACAUCUGUACCACCCCCAGUGCCUCGACACGGCUCGCCGCUGGCCUUCCGCAACAAUGUGCCAUCGGACAUCAUCGAGGACGAGGACGCGAACCUCUUGAAGGAUUCGCUAGCAGCCAGCCGCUUCCUUGGUGGUUCUGAACAACCCGGCAAUCCGUCCCCGCCCGGGAGGUUCCGCAGAAACGAUGACACAUUCUCAACGGCGUGGGAGUCUGCGGACGGAAAGAAAGAGGAGGAGAAUAUGUUUGACAACAGCAGGGCGCAGCAGCCGAAGCCGGCCACAAACGCGAAUCGCUACACGCCCAGCAACAAUCAAAGUCCGGCUCGCAACAAAGUCAUGACUCCCGCGGAGUUCGAAAAGUACCGACGAGACAAGGAGCGCGAUGACAACGCCAGCCAAACGGCCAAGGCUUCUAACAGCAGCCGUGAUGAUGAUGAAGAUCAGUAUGAUGAUGAUGAGGACGAUGUUGAAAAGGCGAAGCUGGCUGCCAAGCAGAGGAGGAAGCAGGAGGCACACAUGGCCGUCUACCGACAGCAGAUGAUGAAGGUUACGGGCGAGUCUCCAAUGGCCGGACCCUCCGGCCACGCUUCUCGACCAAAUCUCUCCGUAUCGCUCAGCACGCCCAAUUUGCCGAACCUGGCCGUCCCCCCGGGUCCGAUGACGGGCAGGUCCGACGGUUCCGAAGGAGAGGAAGACGAAGAAGUUCCGCUUGCCAUCCUGGCCGCGCACGGUUUCCCGAACAAGAACAAGCCACCUGCCCGGAUCAUGAACAUGGCAUCGAAUCCCGACUUGCGGUCAUCAGUCCACUCGCAGCCUGCUCAGCCUGCCAGACCGGGAUCCAGCAUGGGCGAGGGAACAGGUCCCAGAGGAACCAGCGGUGGGCACCUGCCCGCCUUCGCGAGAAGGCUACCGCAGGACCCAUUUUUGGGUGCCGGUCUCAUCAACGCCCCUCCCCGGGAGUCUUUGACGUUUGGCGGAGGCUCACCCGCACCCGGCGCUCAGCCUCCUCCUGUCCCCAUGGGUGGUCUAGUCGGUGUGAUCGCCAGCGAGGAGCGGUCCCGAGCCUUGCGCAGAGGCAGCCCCAAUAUCGAGGCACAGAAUGUCAACCCCUUCACGGGCGCCCCGGUCGACCCCGUCGGCGGAAUCCCACCUCAGAUGAUGUAUGGCAACAUGAAUGGAAUGAACGCUAUGGGAGGUGGUAUGGGUGGUAUGGGAGGCAUGCCACAAAUGCACCAGAUGCCUCAGAUGCCCCAGAUGAUGCUUACACCAGGAGACCAGGCACAAAUCCAAAUGACCCAGCAGAUGCAGCAAUUCAUGCAGAUGCAGAUGCAGUUCAUGCAGAUGAUGGCUACCCCGGGUCAGAAUCCGAACGGCAUGAAUGGUAUGCAACGACCCAUGAGCCACGUCGGUACCCCUUCUAUCCAUGACAGCCAAAGACAAUCGUACUUUGGCGAUUCCAUGCUGGAGCCUCCCCGACUCGACCCCCGAACGAGAACCAUGAGCAUGGUGCAGCCCAGCUCUUCGUCCUGGAUCCAACGCGGGGGAGGAUUCGAUCCUUCAAUUCACGGAGGCAUGGGCGUUGGCGGCGGGUACGCACCCAGCAUCCACGCUCAAGGCGCCGGGUAUGCCCCCUCGAUCGCACCCUCGGAACGCAGCAACGUGGGCUUACCAGGCCGUUACAGACCCGUAACGCAAGCGCCCCCUCAAUUGGAUUCUGGUCGACGCAUGUCUGUCAUGUCGGGAGCCAUCGGAUGGGACCAACCGCCCAAGGUUUUGCAGCAACAGGAGACGAAGAUGCAUAAUCAGUCGGGCGGCAACUCGGACGAUGAUGACGAGGAGGGCUGGGCCGCGAUGAAGGCCAAAAAGGAGAAGAAGAGGGGCUUGUGGAGGACAAAGAAGAGCAUUGGCAGCGAGAUUGGGGCACUGAUUUCGUGA